AUGUCAGGAUAUGUGUUCAACGUCCUCCUCGAUGGCUUCAAGAGGGUAUGGCAGUCCUGGAAUCUCCGGGGCUGUAUUGCCUUAAGCCUCGGCAUGCAGGCAUCUUUACUUUUGUUAUCGCCCUGGAGAAAGCGGACCAGACGGAAACCGAUACACGCGAGCGUUUGGAUGGCAUACUUGCUUUGUGACUGGAUCGCCGCCGUUGCCAUCGGACUAAUCACCAAAAACAAAGGUGAGGAUGCGAGAGAUCAUAAACCGCCCAAAGCAGGAAGCCAUGAAGCGGAGUUCAUGGCAUUCUGGGCUUCCUUUCUUUUGCUCCAUCUUGGCGGCCCCGAUACAAUUACUUCUUAUGCCAUUGAGGAUAAUCAGUUCUGGUUUAGGCACCUCACGGGGCUCGUUGUUCAGCUUGUCAGCACUUCUUACAUCUUCUAUCAAACGUUUCCGAAGCAUAAUAAGCUGUGGAUUCCCACGGCCUUGGUGUUUGUAGCCGGAACUAUCAAGUACGCGGAGCGGACGCGUGCUCUCUAUCUCUCAAGCUUGGUUCGUUUUGGUCGUUCAGUGUUGUCAGAUCCAGACCCCGGGCCUGAAUAUGAAGCGGCGGUGAACAAGGCCACCGAUGAUUUACAGAAUAGAAUGGAGAUUAAGUAUCCUGAGAUUAAGUAUCCUGAGGUUUCCCCAAAUGAAAAGAUAGAUUGGGAUUCCCGAAUAAAAUUACUAAAAGUAGCACACCGCCUCUUUGAAAAAUUCAAGGGACUUAUUGUGGGCUACCUUUUGAGCUCAAAAGACCGAGAAUGGAGCCGACGAUUUUUCCUUAGUAUAAAUGCAAGACAGGCAUUCAAGAUAAUAGCGUAUGAGCUUAAUUUCAUUUAUGAUCUUCUCCACACCAAGGUGGUUGUGGUUCGUUGCCGAGUUGGGUACAUCUUCCGCUUUAUUGGCAUUUCUUCACUCCUGGGUGCAUUCCUGGCAUUCCGUUCAAUUGAGAAGAAGCAUUUGUUUGAAAAGGAGUUCGAUAUCAAGCUUUCUUAUGCCUUGCUCUUCGGGGCGCUAGCCUUCGAGGCUGUUACUCUUCUGAUGCUUAUUUUUUCUGACUGGACCACCGUUGCCCUGACGCAUGAGUGGAGCAAACGCAUUGCAUUUUUCAAUUUGAGGAGAGAAAGGUGGUCUAGGUCCAUUUCCCAGUAUGAUAUGAUAAGCUAUUGCUUGAAAGGUCCUGCAAAAUGGUUGUCCGAGUUUGCUAAAAUCGUCCACCUUGAGGGAAUUCUAGACAAGAUUUGCAUCUUGCUUUAUUCACGUACAUGGGUGGUCAGUGAAGAGCUGGAGAAGUUUAUUUUCGACCAGCUGAGGACGAAAUCUUUGACUGCAAACGAUUUGAAAGCUGCCAUGGAGGCAUGUUCACAAAGAGGUGUGUGGGCGCUUACGCAGACUUCUAGCAGUUUCAAACUAAAGUGGAGCAUCGAGGCGUAUGAAUACGCAGAAAGCCUUAUGCUGUGGCACUUGGCUACCGAACUACUCUAUCAGAAGGAACAACCUGACAAAAAGCCUCCCGAAUCUUGUUGGCCAAGGCUAAAAAAAAAAAUGACACCCGAAUCUUGUUGGCCAUGGCUAAAAAAAAAAUUGACACCCGAAUAUCGUUUCCCAUGUCUAAAGAAAAAAGAAAAGACACCCGAAUCUGGUAAUGAGAAUCAGCCUAAUCAUAAAGAAAUAUGCAAACAACUUUCGGAUUAUAUGUUUCAUCUUGUUGUUAUGCAGCCUGCAUUGAUGGCCCCGGUGUUGGGAAAUUGGCAAAUAGCCUUCCAGGACACUCGUGCAGAAGCCAACAGAUUCUUCAGGGAAAAAAAAAUAAAAAGAUCGGGGCAACCUGAAGGCUGUCGCAAAGUCUUAGAGGUGAGAACUUCUAAUUUCAGACAAGCUGUUGUGAAGGGUAAUAGCAAAAGCAAAUCUGUGUUAUUUGAUGCAUGCAUCCUCGCAAAGCAGCUCGAGAAAUUGGAUCAAUUGGGUGUAGACCGAUGGCGGGUAAUGAGCAGAGUUUGGGUGGAAUUGAUGUCUUAUGCUGCCAUCAAGUGUUUACCAAAUGUGCAUGCACAGCAACCAAGUAGGGGUGGAGAACUCUUGACAUUCGUUUGGCUUCUGAUGAAUCACCUUGGCUUGGGAACACAGUUCUACGAGCAUGAAAGCCAAACUGAUAUCAAAAUUGAUGACAGUCCUGAACAUGAUAACGUUGGUCAAAGAAAUCAGGGAAAUAACAAUGCGGCUGCUGCUCCUACGUCCAGAUGCACAGAGUUUUCAAAAUUUAAUUGUUGUCACUGA